AUGGGGAGCAGAGCUGUAGUUUUUGGCAAGGGAAUCAAAGUUCUGAGCCUCCCAUUUAAUGGAAAAGCUCUUCUUCUUCCUAAGAAGAACAAUUUGGAUUUGGUCAGAAGAAACUGCUCAACUCCGACGAGUGGGUCCUCCCUUGAACCUCCAGAUGUCUCGCGUUUGGCUCAAACAGCCAGAAUUUCCCUCACUCCUCAAGAGGUAGAAGACUUUGGUCCCAAAAUUCGUCAAGUAGUGGAUUGGUUUGGACAACUUCAAGCUGUUGAUCUUCAUAGUGUUGAGCCUGCAAUUAGAGCAGAUACUGAGGGUGACAAUUUGCGCGAUGAUAUUCCCGAAACAUUUGAGAACAGGGAAGCCAUAAUUGGUGCAGUUCCAAAUUUUGAAGAUCCAUACAUUAAAGUUCCCAAAGUGUUGAACAAGGAAUAAGCUCCUUUUAAUUGGUUGUUGGCUUCUUUCUUCUUUGGCUUAUCACUCUAUUCUUUAUUUAUGAUACUUUUUUUUUGUUAAAUUGUAAUCUAAUGUUGUUUAAGAAAUUGAUUGUAGUAAGAACCAUAAUUCCAUAACAAAUUUCGAAAUAUGUGUCAUAAAAA